UAUUCAUCUCUUUCAUUCCCAACCAGAGCUUAAGAAAUUACUGGUUAUCUCCCUCUAUAUCUCUCUCACUCACUUAGUUUUUGAAGUAGUUUAUGUAUAUGUUUCAAAUUUUGGUAGCUCACAUGCUUAUCAAUUUUAUAUGUUUUGUGAAGCCAACAAGUGUUAUAGAAGUCAUUCCAACUCUGCAAAUUAGAACUCUACAUAUACAUCAAGUUUCGUUUUGUAAAAUUUUAUAUAAUUACUACUCAUUUGUUUAUAUAAAAUAUAUAUAUUCGUAUGUAUAAUCUUACUUUUGUAAUCAUUUGCAAACAUGAAACAAGGUCUCUCUUCUUUUUAGAUAGAUCGCUGUUUUCUGUUCUUGUUUGAUAGAGUGGGAAAUUUAAUGUAUGUAGUGGCAUAUCCGAACCGAGCAGUAGAAAGUAAUAAGUUUUUGAUAUGCCACUAUACACUAUAUUGGUUAGUCAUGAAGUGAUGUUCAUAUAUCUAUUAUUGGUAUAUUAUUAAACCAGUGAGGAUAUAAGUAUGUUGUAUCAUAUCAUGCAACACAAAAGCUCCACAUAUGAUCUAAUUUGUAUCACAAAACUAACUGAACUUAUUUUAUAAUCUUAUAGUAGUAGAACUUGAAGAAAAUAUUGGUGGAUACGUUACAGAAAAAACAAUAUUUAAUAUAUUUUGUAGGAUCUAUGGCGAGGAUGUACCGGAAGUUGGCAAUAUGCGGUGGUGAAGGAGGAAGUGAAUGGGACGACGAUGUAUACGAAGGUGUAAGAAAAGUGUAUGUUGGGCAAGAUCUCUCACGUAUCACUUACAUCAAGUUCGAUUACGUGAAGGUCGACGGAGAAUUAGUAUCACGUGAAUAUGGGACAGAACGUCAACACCCUAAAGAGUUUGUAGUUCAAUAUCCGGACGAACACAUCAUAGCGGUGGAGGGAAGCUACAAAAAAGUGGGUCUCUAUGCCACGGACGUGAUCACGUCUCUCGUUUUCAAGACCUCAAAAGGUAGAAAGUCUCCAACGUUUGGUCCAAACUUGCUGGGACUUGUGAGUGGUACAAAGUUCGUUUUUGAGGAUCAAGGAAAGAAGAUCGUAGGGUUCCAUGGACGGUCUGGUGAUGCCCUCGACGCUCUUGGAGUUUACUUUGUGCACGACUCUCCCACCACAAUGUUGUCUCUUCUUUACAAGCUGGAUGCUCAAGGUGGUUCAGAGGGACGUGUGUGGGAUGAUGGCUCUUACGAUGCCGUUAAAACGCUGCGCAUCUGUCAAGAUGAUUGUCGUAUUACUUAUUUAGAGUUUGAGUACGACAAAUGUGGGAAGUCAGAGAUAUUUCACCAUGGGGUAAAAGGAGGAACACCAUCCGAGUUUAUGCUUGAUUUCCCUGAUGAAUACAUCUAUUCCGUGGAAGCAACCUAUGAUAAGCCAAAACUUUUUCAAAAUACGGUCAUCACGUCGCUCACCUUCCAAACAUCAAAAGGAAAAACAUCAUUCUUUGGGUAUAAAGUGGGUAAGAAAUUUGUUCUUGAGCAAAAGGAUCGUCGACUUAUUGGAUUCCAUGGGAAAGAAGGUGAUGCUAUUGAUGCUCUGGGAGCGUAUUUUGCACCUAUUCCUGCUCCUACUCCUUUGAUUCCAGCCAAGAAACUACCAUCCGUAGGCGGCAAUGGAGGUGUUACAUGGGAUGAUGGUAUCUAUGAUGAUGUAAGGAAAGUAUACAUAGGCCAAGGUAACGAUGGUGUAUCCUUUGUCAAGUUUGAGUACAUUAAAGGCACAAACUUGGUAUCGGGAGAUGAUCAUGGGAAGAUGACAUUACUUGGAUCUGAAGAGUUUGUUCUUGAAGACGGUGAAUAUCUCACGGCCUUGGUAGGUUACUACGAUAAGAUUUUCGGAGUGGAUGAACCAGUAAUUAUCUCUCUUCAGUUCAAGACGAACAAAAGGGAGUCAAGUCAGUUUGGAAUGGAUUCUGGUGAGAAGUUCACUCUCGGGGAGAAUGGCUAUAAAAUCGUUGGGUUCCAUGGACAAGCUAGUGAUGUCAUCCACGGUGUUGGAGUCACUAUCAUUCCCAUCACCACCACCUAGUGAAAAUAAAACCUUUAUUAUCUUAUCAAUUCCAGCCAAUCAUAUGAGUUGAAUAUUAUCAAUCAUAUUAUUAUGUCUUUGUAUCAAAAUUAUAUGUUUUAUCUAUGUAUAUUAUGACUUUUAUAAGAAAAUAAAGUUUCUUUUAC